AUGACGGUGGCUCUUUUCCUCGCCCUUUGCCUGCUGGAGGUAUAUAGCAUUCGGGACCCCAAACAUGAGGCUCAGCCCAGGGCCGCAUCCCGGGCCGAGGCAGAGGGAGAGAGCCUCUCAUCGAUGGCCGUAGAGACCGAAACGGAGGCGUUUCUGAUCAAUGCCCAGGGCUCCGAUGGCGCUGGGACUCUAAGGCUGGACAGCGAGUUCCCGCAAUACGUCUCAGCCACACACGAGGAGAUGAAUUUUUUGGACGGUGUUUCUACCCUCCAUCCUGCCUUUUUGGGCCCUUGCCAACGCGACCUGCGCAGCUUGGUAAGUGCACUCGAGAGCACUUGCAAGAUCCACGAGCCCAAGGAGUUUGCCGGGAGGCCUCGAGACAGUGAGUAUCAUCCGGAUUGCUUUCAAGACUUGUGGAAAAUCACCUGUGCCGAGAGUGCGAGAGACAUUCUGCUUUAUGGCUUGGAGCUGGUGAAGGCCAUGCAAGUCCCUGCCGAGCUAAUUUGGAACUACCACUUGCCUGAAGGCAAAAAGUUCCGGAAGGAGAACCGGAACACUUACCGAUUGGUGCAGAAGCUGUUCUUCCUAAAAAGCUGGCUUCGUCCGGUGGCAGCGCCCACCAAGCGCGCCAUAUUGUGGUCUGGUUUCUGGACCGAUCCAGAGGUGUGUAGCACCCUGCAGGUGGGCCCCGCUGGGCGCACUUCCAAAGAGAGCCUUUUUGCGUUCGCAAACCUCACAGAGCACGACACGCUCCAUCCGAGUACAGAGCUCGGAAGAAUCAUGGAAGCCCACCAAGAGCUCAGCGCUUGCUUCCAUGUCGAAAAUCCUAUUGCGCUGAACAUGGCUAAUAAUGUUUGGGCACUUGCAAGCUUCAUGUUCGUGCUUGGCAGCGAGAUGCAAGAGCAGAGCACGGUCGUUGCCCUUGUAAACAAGGAGCUGGAAGGCGAGCGCCCUCUGAAGCAGGCGGUACUCUUCAAGCACGAGAUGCCUACGCUGGGCAUCGCAGCCUACGGCUUGGGGCACUGGUCUCCCCAGGUGCUGGUCAUCGAUAUGCUUGGCACCUGCCACAGGACUGGUCCGGCACUGCGCCAUCAGCUGCUCUCUGGAGGGGCCGCUUGGUAUCCAGUCUUGCAGAAAUUUCAGUUUCUCAGCGCCACGGACUUCGCCCAGCGCAGCACCAUGAGCUGGACCUGCUGGGACUGUCCUGAGUCCAGCUGCCACCUCGACGUGGCCCUGGCCCAGGCUGUGCAGCGAGUCCGUGAGGCCAAGGACGAGGCUGACCGCAACUGCAAAGAGGCUUUGCAGGCCGCAGCAAAGGGACUUCAUGUCACUUGGACCGCCGAGCUGUCCACUCAGUGCCGAGACCCGAGCACUGGGAAGAGGCCUCAACAUGUGGAGGCCAAAAGGGGGCUUGUCAGCGUCGUCCGCCGCCUCUUGGACAAAAGGGCGGACCCGAAUGUGAAGGACGGCGAUGGUAACACCCCACUCCACUACGCCGUGCUAGAGGGACACGGUGAGGUCAUCCGCCUGCUUCUUGGUAACAGGGCGGAGCCGAAUGUAAAGAACAUCCACGAGACUAUGCCUCUCCAUCUUGCCGCAAGAAGAGGAGCUGAGGAUGCUGUCCGACUGCUUCUGCAGAUGAAGGCCGACCUCAACGUCCAGAAUGCCGUCGGCAUGACGCCACUGAACAUGGCCGCGCACGGGGCAUCGACGACGGUCGUCCGCUUGCUCGUGGACAAGAAGGCCGAUCCCAACAUCAAGCCCAACCGCGGGCUUGGUAUGGCGCUACAUGGUGCCGCUGCCGCAGGCAACCCCGAGGUCGUCCGCCUGCUCCUUGAAG